AUGGUACACUAUUUCUACAAAAACGACUACAAGAACGUCCAAGUCUAUAUUGACUGCCAUUGGCUCCAUAAUGUCGACCUCUCUCAAGAGACAAACGAUACCAUUUGCGAGAUUACAGUCACCGAUCGCUCAAGCUAUUGGACUGGAACUGUGACCCGCCAAGACCUGGAGAACUUUGUACGGCAAGGGAUCACUAUCGACGAGAUCAACAAAGUAGUGACUGCAGGCCUUCAAGGAAAGAGCGAAUACAAUGGACAACCACUUCGAUGGAAAGUGACCACAGACAAACACAAAUGCAAGCUUGCUCUUCUUAGCUACAUGGGUGGGAAACUACCGUAUGAAUUGGGUCACGUGGAGAUCCCCGUUGUGCCAGAAAAAGACAAAGAAAAGGUAUUGCAUGCCUGGAUGGAGAACUCAGUACAGCAAAACGCACAGCACAUGAAAACCCAGGAAGCACUGCUGGCUCGCAACAAUGACCUCGUCGCUCUUAAAGAAUCCUUGAAGAAUCAAAUUGAGGCUCUGGAAAGGGAUAAGCUGGAUGCCGAUUUCUCCAUGUUUCAUAAGUUUAAGGAUAUUCUCAACAGCAAGAAACGCCGUAUUCGCUACUUGACUAUGGAAAAUGAUAGGCUAAAUAAGGAACAUGACGCUGCACAGGCCAAAAGUGAUACCCAAGAGAACAAAGAGGCAGGUGUGGAAACAAAGGAAUCAACGCCGCCGAAAAAGGAAGCCGUUAGAGGUAGAAAACGCAAGGUUGAUACCCCAUCGCAGAUUACGGAAGAAGAUGCCAAUGUGCCAUCACAAGCUUCUGCUAUAAGCACAGGCUCAUCCAGUGAAACCGAUGAUGGCGAGAUUGAUUUACCACGAACCAAACGUAGAGUGAUUGUUAAUCAGGCUGGCCCAUCACUCAAGAGAUAA